AUGGAUGAAUCUGGAUUUCGAGCUGAAUAUGCUAAAUCAGAUCGAUCAACAUGCAAAGGAUGUCAUUCAACUAUAGACAAAGAUGCACUUCGACUUGCUAUUAUGAUUCAAUCACCAAGUUUUGAUGGAAAAAUUCCAACAUGGUAUCAUAUGGGAUGUUUUUUCAGAAAAGUGAAACCAUCUGAUGCACAAAUAAUAAAAGGUUUCGAUAAUCUUCGUUGGGAUGAUCAAGAAAAAAUUCGUAAAAAAAUUGACGGAACAUCAAAAGAUGAGUCAAAAGAUAAAUCAGAUGAAGCAGAAGGCGAUUCGAAAAAUUUUAGUGCUGAAUAUGCUCGAUCAAAUCGAAGUACAUGUCAUGGUUGUAAUAGUAAAAUUGAAAAAGAUCUUGUUCGUUUAUCAAGAAAAGUUUCAUCAAGUUCUAAUCAUUCAGCAACUGAUCAAUGGUAUCAUAUUGAUUGUUUUAAAGAACAUAAAGAUGAACUUCAAUUUAAUGGAACUGCUGAAACAUUUUCAGGUUUUAAUGAUCUUAAUAAAGAAGAUCAAACUGAAUUAAAAAAAAAAUUUGGUUCAUCAACGAUUAAUCGAAAACGUAAAGGUGAUAAAACAUUAAGUUCAACAACAAGUGAAAAUAAUGAUGCACCAAAAGCUAAACAAGCAAAAACAGAAGAUAAUAAUGGUUUAACACCAGCAGAAGAAGAAAGACAUCAAAAAAAAGAACAAAGUGAAUUACUUUGGAAAUAUAAAGAUGCUUUAAGAAAAGAAGUACCCAAUGAUGUUUUAAAAGAAUUACUUGAACAUAAUCAACAAAAAAUUCUUACUGGAGAAUCAAAUUUAAUUGAAACAGUUGCAGAUUGUAUGGCAUUUGGUACAUUAGAACAUUGUCCUGAAUGUGGUGGAUUUCUUAUUUUUAGUCAUUCAUGUUAUCAUUGUACGGGUGAUGUUACAGAAUGGACCAAAUGUACUUAUUCAACAAGAACACCAACAAGAAAACCAUUUGAUAUACCUGAUGAUAUUAAAACAGAAUAUGAUGCUUUUAAAUCAUAUAAAUAUAAAAAACGUGAUCGAAUUUUAGCACAAGUUAUUGAGAAACAAGUUACAAUUACUAAAACACCUGAUGUUUCACGAGUUAUUCAAGAACCAACAUAUGAUUCAAAUUUACCACUUUCUGGUUAUGUUGUAUCAUCAGCUGGUCGUUUAUCAAGUUCUGUUGCAACUAUUCAAAAAGAAAUUGAACGAUUAGGUGGUACAUAUUCAUCAAAAAUUGAUGAAAAUGUUGGAAUUGUUAUUAGUUCAAAAGAUGAAAUUGAAAAAAAGAGUAAAAAACUUCAAGAUGCUGAAAAAUUAAAAAUUCACAUUGUCUCGGAAGAAUUUUUAAAUGAAAUAAAUAAUGAUCGUCCAUCAAUAAUAAUGGAAAAAUGUAAAAUUUCAACAUGGGGAAUUUUACCACAUAUUCGAAAACAAACUAAAGCAAAUGAAGAAGAAAAACUAAAAUCUGGCCAAAAAUCAUUUACAACAGCAUCAAACAAAUCUGAUUCUCGUGUAAAAAAAUCUGUACCAGAUAAAGUUCAAUUAAAAUUAAAAGAUGGAAUUGCUGUUGAUCCUGAUUCAGGACUUGAAGAUACUUGUCAUGUUUAUAAAGAAACAGAAACCGGUGAUAUAUAUACUGCUGUUCUUGGUCUUGUUGAUAUAACACGUGGAACUAAUUCUUUUUAUAAAAUGCAAUUACUUGAAUCUGAUGGUGGUCAAAAAUGGUUUGUCUUCAGAGCUUGA